UUCCACAGCGAAGCCCACACCUCUCUCUUUCUCCGCCAUUGUUGAACCACUUUUUCUUCAUAAAUUAACCCUUUUUCCGUCUUCCUUGAUUCACUGAACUCAAAAAAGCAUCAAAAAAUGGGGAUUUGUUUGUCAACCAAAUCGCCACCAAGGAGAAACCACUCGAAACGUGUAAUGAAUCAAUCAACUACAUCAAUCAACAGCAAUUCAAGCCAUCGAUCGUCUCGGUUUCGAUCUUCAUCUGGUAAGAAGGAGAAAUUCGAUGAUGCUAUUAUUCGUGAACAUGCAAUCGCCGCCGCUCUCUUUUUUCAGCAACACCAGCAGCAAAAUGGCGGUGUUUUGCCUUUUGAUCGAUCGACUUCUCUCCGGCAUCCUCCUGGUGCUGCAAAUUCUAAGCGCCUCCAAGGUCUUCCUCGGAGCUCUAGUACUAGGCAUCGAUCGGUUACUGAUCCCCUGGUUCCUCCUCAACAGCUCCUUAAUCAGGAUGUGAAUCUUGAUGAAUUGGAGACCAAUCAUAUUGUCCUCGUCCACGGAGGUGGUUUUGGAGCCUGGUGUUGGUACAAAACGAUUGCGCUUUUAGAAGAAUGUAAAUUCAGAGUUACGGCGAUUGAUUUAACUGGUUCUGGAAUUGAUUUGUUUGACACUAAUAGCAUCAAAAGUCUUUCACAGUACGUGACACCACUCACGGAUUUCCUUGAAAAGCUUGCAAAUGGAGAGAAGGUGAUUUUGGUAGGCCAUGACUUUGGCGGUGCAUGCAUAUCAUAUGCAAUGGAGCUAUUUCCAUCUAAAAUUGCGAAAGCUAUCUUUAUUGCUGCUUCUAUGUUGAAAACUGGACAAAGUACUCUCGAUAUGUUCUCCCAAAAGGAAAAUACAAACGAGCUCAUGCGGCAAGCUCAAAAGUUCCUCUACGGAAAUGGGAAUAAUUUGCCUCCAACUGCAAUAGAUCUCGACAAAAUGCUCUUGAAGGACCUAUUAUUCAAUCACAGUCCCGCCAAGGAUGUUGCGUUAGCUUCCGUCUCAAUGAGACCAAUUCCAUUUCCACCUGUUCUCGAGAAGCUCUCUAUUUCCGACUCAAACUAUGGGUCGGUCAGACGGUUCUACAUAGAAACUCCAGAUGACAACGCCAUUCCCGUCACUCUACAAGAGAGCAUGAUAAAUGAAAGCCCGCCUGAAAAAGUUUUCCGCCUCAAAGGUUCCGAUCACUCCCCUUUCUUCUCAAAGCCUCAGGCCCUACAUAAGUUACUAGUCGAAAUCACAAAAAUCACAUAAAAUUUGCUCCAUAAAUCACCCUUCCCGUACAUGGUCAAGCGAAACAGCACAUACUCCCUUCAAUGAACUUUCAUCUUAGAUAUUUACAGUUGGUAGGUAGGUAGUGUGGGAGUUCCAGAUCGGCUAGACACAAUAUUUUUCUCUCAUUUAUAUAUGUUGAAACCUCUUUGCUCUCUAACUGUGUUCUCAAUACCUUUUUUAAGGAAAAGGAAAAAAGGGAGGGAAAGAAAUGGAAAAUAAAAAAACCCGUGUGUUCUCUUUAACUUUUAUGACAAAAAUACCCUUCAUUCCGCAUCCUAUAAAAAAUACGAAUAAAAGAACUUUCUUCCCUUUCCAUUUCUUUCUUUUCUUUUUUUCCCAAAUUCGAGAAAUGCUCUUUUUUCUGUCCCCGGAGGAUAAUAUCAACCACUUGACGUCCAUCCGAUGCAUCCGCUAUGGUUAUUUCGUAGGAUAGGUAAGUAUUCAAAGGGGGUUUAUACAUUUUAACAUGGUAUCAGAGUCCUUUUACCGAGAGAGAAAAUCGAGGUUCCUAUAUAUAUAUUUGAUGGUUCGUGUCUCGUGAAUUUGGGGCUUCAACGGGUAGCAUGAUUUUGAGCAGCUGUGUACAUGCUGCAUGUUCGAUUCAGAUUUCUUUCGUGAAUUGUAAAAGGAACGGGGGCAAUGACUACCUGUAAUAAAGCACACAGGCUAAUACGCCAUACGACGAAGUGAGAUACGACAACUCUUUUUGAAAGUCAUAGUAAUAAGGACCGUAGUUUAAGGAGAGGAACGCUCGAUGCGCCCCAUCGCCUUCCAAUAAAUCUGAAUGACUGAUAAGGAGUUGCUACAAAAAUGAGCAGUUUUGGAGGUAAUAUUCACAGGUUUACAUUCUUGGUAUCAUGUAAUAAAGAGAUGAUGAAUCAGAUGUUUUAGAUUUUAGAAAGCUGGUAGUAUGUAUCUUCAUGUAAAUGCUGAAUCAUAAUUGGAAUCCAACCGCAUUAGGUGUCGUUUA